GGACAGGUGAGUUUUAUCUACCUGAGGCGUCACUGCUCUCAGAUCAGUAGUUUUCUUUUGGUUCACCUGUGUUAACCUGUAGUUCUUCUUGAUGUCUGACCUGAGAUCAGUGUGAGAGAGAGGACAAACAGACAAACAGUCAGGAAGGAUGUAGCUGCUUUUAAUCACAGAAACCGACGAAGAAGCACCAGCAGUAAAAGCCUAGGUCCAGAUGUCUUCAGGAGGCGGAGCUUCUAGGUUUGACCGGGUGAGGGAGUACCCAAUCUAUGACCAGGUCCCUGUGGGUUCCUUAUGGAGGGACCAGGACUUCCCUCCGCCCCCCGUUGCCUUCACACGGUCCACUCCUGCUGUCAGCUUAGACCCCCUCCCCCCUCCCCCUCUACCUGAUGAUCCAGCUAUAGGUCCUGACUCCUUCUAUCCCCCCAGUGAUGGCAAGCCGGCUGAGGGUGACAUCGAUGCCAUGGACAUCAAGCCUGUCCGCCGCUUCAUCCCCGACUCUGUCAAGAACUUCUUCCGUGGAAACAGUGGGAACAGCGCCAGCAAGGGCUGGACCAUCCCCCCUUCAGCUGCUCCUGACUCCCCGGCCCCUUCCUCCAGGAACAGCGCCCCCUGUAAAACAACAUCAGGAGUCCCCUGCUCCCCUCCCCACUCCGCGCCGCCCUCUCCAUCCCUCCCUGGCUCCUUCAGGGACCCGUUCGGCGGCUCUGGAGGCAGCUACACCUCCCAGAAGGAGCGGGACGGGCUGCUUCUGGGAGCCGAGGCAAUCGAGUCUGCCUCCGCCGUUCCCACUAACCUGUCAGCCCUCACCUACCAGGAGAGGGUGGAGGAGUACCACUUGCGCUAUGCCUACAUGAAGUCAUGGGCGGGGCUUCUGAGGAUCCUGGGCUGCGUGCAGCUGCUCUUGGGGGCCGCUGUGUUUGCCUGCGUCUGUGCCUACAUUCAUAAGGACAAUGAGUGGUUCAAUAUGUUCGGCUACUCUCAGCCCCAGCUGUUUGGAGGACUGGGUGGAGGAGCUGGAGCAUAUGGAUCCGGUGGCGGGCAGUACACAGGCCCUAAGACUCCAUUUGUGCUGGUGGUGGCUGGUCUGGCGUGGAUUGUAACCGUCAUCCUGGUAGUUCUGGGGAUGAGCAUGUACUACAGAGCCAUCCUGCUGGACUCGUCCUGGUGGCCGUUCACAGAGUGCUCCAUCAACCUGGUGUUGGCAGUGCUCUACCUGUCUGCAGGGAUUGUUUAUGUGAGGGACACCACCCGAGGGGGGCUCUGUUACAUGCCCGUCUUCAAUAACGGAGUUAACGGAGCGUUCUGUCGCACUGAGGCUGGGCAGACGGCGGCCAUCGUCUUCAUCUUCAUCACCAUGGUGCUGUACUUCAUCAGUGCAGGCGUGUGUCUUAAGCUGUGGAGGCACGAGGCGUCCAGGAUGAGGAAGGAGGCGCUCGCACAGGAGAUGAACACUAUCGGAUCGUCGGUCCCUCUGUCCAUACUGGGUCCAGGCUCCAGGUUCUCAGAGCGGACCCCCCUCCCCACAAUCCAGCCCGACAUCAUGGACGACGCUAACAGCUCUAUAGCCGUUCCCCUGAUGGCGCCAGAGAUCCUCCGAGGUCACAUCCCCGCUGGUCACAUCCCCAAACCUGUCGUCAUAGCCGACUAUGUGGAUAAGUACCGCGCCAUACGCUCCGACGAGCAGAGGGACCAGUACCGAGCCGUGUUCAACGACCAGUACGCGGAGUACAAGGAGCUUCAUGCCGAGGUCCAGGUUAUGAGCAAGAAGUUUGAAGAGAUGGACGAGAUGCUGCAGAACCUCGCCGCUCAGCCCUCCAGUCAGAUGGAGAAGGAGCGGAUUAAAGGCCUUUUUAUGGAAUAUCAAAGAAAGAAAGCUGAUCCAACAUAUCUGGAGAAAAGGGAAAGGUGUGAGUACCUGAAGAGCAAACUGUCUCAUAUCAAACAGAAGAUUCAGGAGUACAACAAGGUCGCAGACUGGGACGACAACAACUGAACAAUACUACAGUUUAACAUAACACGUUUUAAUUUCAUAUGCAGCUACACAACGUGCUCUGAUUGGUAGAGAGCAUGAAAUGGGACUGAAAGAGAGGAAGUCUCUACCAGACAAACCGAGCCUUCCUUUAUGGAAACCCAUACUCGCUGAUUGUUGAUAUGUUGAUAUUUUAUCCAAACAGAUGGACACACCAGAUAAUUAUUCUCACAGUUAGUAAGUACUCUCAUCAGUAAACUUCAGAUAGCUGUUGUAGAUAAAGUGAUAUCUAGAUAAAUGUCAAUGUAAGGUGUUCAUAAUGUGUCCUAUUGCAUGCCCUGUUCAUAUCACUGUUCAUAUGAAGACGACUUCAGCAGAGCUACUGGUGGAACCAUGGUAUUGACAUCUUGCCCCUUCCUGUUACAAAGUUGAACUUCCUGAUAAAAGGUCAAAGGUUCCUCAGGUGGGUUCAGUUCACAGCGGAACACAUUCUUAAAAUUAAUUGGCUCUUGUGUUAUUGUUAUACGUUUCCUCUAAUCACUCCUCUCUUCUCUGAUAAUUGUUGUGUUAAAACAAACUCCUCCCAUGCUUUUUGGUCUAUUUGACUCUACAUGUGACAUGAAUUUACUAAAAGAACAUCAUGCUGGGUUGAAGAAGACCAUAAAACUAUAAACUCGUUCGGAAAAUGUUUACCGAGGGAAAGAAAUGCAUAUUUAAGACAUUUCUGCAUAGCUUCACUUUUCAGUCCUGGAGGCUACGUCCAUAUCUUAUGUACAGUCUAUAGUGAAUCAAAUCAGUGAGAUGAUGUAAAUGAAUGAUAAUGAAGCCUGCAUGAUCAGAGCAGCGGCUCUGCAGCAGACAGAGGUGUCAGUAGAUUUUGAGAUGAACUUGUUUGUGUUGCACUGUGGACGUUCAGCUGGUUGCUUUAGUUUCACUAUCAGCUGUUUACAUUUUUUUUUUAAUCUAUGUGAUACAAUGUGAAUAUUUACUGAGAUUAUAAUCUCUGUCAUGAUGAUAUUGAAAUCAUGUUUUACAAAUGGGUGUUUUAAUCUAUGUUUUAGACCCCCUUUUUAUACACUCUUUUUUUUGUACAUUGAUUUUGUGAUUGUUUUGUAUCAUAUCUUGUAAGUCCUGAUGAUUUAUGACAAUGAAGCACAUUUUAUACAGA